AUGCAUCGCGUUAAGAAAGUCGAGUACGAGGACGACGACCUCUACUCAGGGGAAGAGGAGGAGGCCGAUGCAGAAUACACAGCGGAGGACCGUGACAACUUCGCCACCCUCACCCCCGUCGUGCGCGCGGAGCUGGAGGAAGCCAGACUGCACGCGUCGGAUCGCGAAAUCGAAGAGGCAUUAUGGCACUACUAUUGGGACGUCAGCAAGAGUGUCGCAUACCUGAAGAACACCCGCACACCCAGGCCGGCACAGCGGACAGAAAAGAAGGAGCAACCGAAGAGCAAGUUCGACCAGGCGGUCCAGAAGAGCGCUGAGAAGGCAGACUGGUUUCGCGGAAUUCCCUGGUCGGAUCUACCUCCUGCGCAGCUUGGCCUCAUUGUACCCUGUGAGCCAGUCACGCACCGGCCAAUGAUGCUGGGAGGAUCGUCAAAGCUAGCAAAGCUCGCCGAAGAACGCCGCAAGAAAGCUGCCGCAGCUCAAUCUGCUCAAGCUACCCCCGACAAAGCCUUGGCCUCUCUGGAGCGUCUGGGUCGACCAAGGGAAGCAAACGAGAACGAGGCGCCUCUAUCUAGACCGGACACGAAGAAAUACCCGCUACGAAAAAGAAAAGAAUCAAGUCCUCCACCAAGAGAGCCAUCGCCCACUCCGCAGACUCCUCCUGCAGAGGUCCAGCCCAGUCUGAGAACUUCACCAACUGCUUUUGGUCGCGUCCUCUCGACCAACCCUGCCGCUGUGCGGAUCAACAACGCCGCUGCUCUGGACGAGAUGCUCGACCCGUUCGCCGACCCAUCGCCCGACGAUGCUGUCCUGCGUAUCACCAAGGCAAAGAAUACAUCAAAUGAACUGGCAAAUAAAACCAAAGAUUUGAGCCUCGAGCAGCAUGCACCUUCCCAAGCAAACGUCAAGAGCAAAGGCCUCGAUGUUCUGAAAAUCUGGACUGAGGAAAAGCCGAAACGGAAACCGUCCGCCGCCUUUGUGGUCAUCGGCCACGUAGACCACGGCAAGAGCACUCUGAUGGGCCGACUUUUACUUGAUACGGGAGCAGUCUCUCAAAGAGAUAUUGAUAGGUACAAGAAGCAAGCUACAGAGCUAGGAAAAGCAUCGUUUGCUCUUGCGUGGGUGAUGGACACUGGCUCGGAAGAGCGUGAGCGCGGAGUUACGGUGGACAUUGCCCAAUUCCACUUCAGCACGGAUCAUGUCGAUUUCACCAUCCUCGAUGCCCCUGGCCAUCGCGAUUUUAUCCCCAACAUGAUUGCCGGCGCCUCCAUGGCAGACCUGGCGGUGCUCGUCAUUGAUGCGAACCAUCUCGAGUCGGGUAUCAAGGGGCAGACCGGUGAGCACAUCGUCCUCGCAAAGGCGUGUGGUGUUAGCAGAAUUGUCGUUGCAGUCAACAAACUCGACGCCACCAACCCCCCUUGGAGCGAAGCGGUCUUGCAAGAUGUUGUCGCGUCGAUAACCCCGCUCUUGACCGCGAGCGGCUAUAAGCCGGAGAACGUCCGCUUCGUGCCUUGUUCGGGCCUCAACGGCCAGAACGUUGUGAAAGCAAUGUCGAAGAAGGGUGACGCUUCUUGGGUGGCGGAGGGUUACAGGACUCUACUCGAAGAACUAGAGAGUUGCGUCGCUCCCCACGACACGGAAGAGAUGGUGAGGGCGCCAUUACGCAUGCAGAUAGCAGACGUGUUCCGAGGAAGCGUCACCAACCCGCUCUCCAUUGCCGGACGCAUCACCUCAGGCCACGUGCAGACUGGAGACACGGUGCUCCUCCAGCCGAGUAACGAGCGGGCGAUGGUGAGGGGAAUCGAGGUGGGGGGCAAUGGUCAAGAAUGGGCCGUUGCGGGACAGAUCUGCACCCUACAUCUGACCGAAGUCGAUCAACAGCACCUCCGGGCGGGGGAUUGUGUCUGCGAUGCAAAGAACCCCACACCUGCCGCGAAGAACUUUGUGGUGCAGUUGACCGCACUCGACAGCAUACUGCCGCAAGCCGUGGACGUACAUGUGGGGCGGCUGCACGCUGCGGGGAGCAUUACGGCCCUGAUCUCGACAAUAGACGACGCAGGGGAAGUGGAGCGGAAGAAGCCUCGAGUGGUGAAGGCUGGGCAGAAGGCUACGGCGAGAUUGGUGCUGGACGCAGGUGCUGCGCUGGAGGCUGGCACUCGCCUGAUCAUUCGAGCCAAUGGCUCCACCAUAGCGGUCGGUGAGAUCAUACGUGCGGGAGGCUGA